CAUUUUUAUUAGCCGUCUGGUGUAAGGGUGCAUUACCGUCUUACGAACUCUCUUAUAAGACCAAGCUGUUAACUAAACAUAUUAUUUAUUAUACACCAACAAUAAUAGGCUAAGUGAUAAUAAUAAUAAUAAUAACGUAGCGGUGCAUCCCUUGUCAUGCUGGGUGUAGCCACGUUACCACUGGUUGGAGCUCUGGGCCCGUCGUUUUGAUUCUAAGAUUUCUUCACAGAAUAAGAAUCUAAAAAUAAAUGUAAAAAAAACUCCAGCAUAUUGGUUACUUCAUAAUUAAACGCAGAUUUGUGUAUUAUUUUAUCGUGUACAUAAUUUAGAACCGCUACUAAAGUAUAAUAUUUUUUUCUUUCUUUUUGUUGGAGUCUUGUAUUUGCCUGUAGUGCUAAAAACUACAACUCCCACAACCCCCCCGUACCACACAGCGCGCCCCCCCUCUGACCCUACUGUUGAUUUAUCAACGGUAUCUCCGCUGCUGCCUACAAUCCGUGAAGACAGGGGUCGACGUGUUGGAUAAUUCCUCAACAAAGUUGAGAUGGCAGGCGAGGGCGGUGGUGCUGUGACGUCGAAGCGGAUCCUGGUGACGGGAGGCUCAGGGCUGGUGGGACGAGCGAUCGCGAGGGUGGUGAGCGAGGGGGAAGGCAGGGAGGAUGAGGACUGGAUCUUUCUCUCGUCCAGAGAUGCCGAUUUGACGAGUGCGGAGCAGACCAGGGCAGUGUUUGAGAAGCACAGGCCCACCCACGUCAUCCACCUGGCUGCCAUGGUUGGGGGGCUGUUCAGGAACAUGAAGUACAACCUUGACUUCUGGAGGAACAACGUGCACAUCAAUGACAACGUCCUGCACUGCGCUCACGAGCUGGGGGUCCAGAAAGUGGUCUCCUGCCUCUCCACCUGCAUCUUCCCAGACAAGACCACCUACCCCAUCGAUGAGACCAUGAUUCAUAAUGGACCGCCACACAGCUCCAACUUUGGCUACUCCUACGCAAAGAGAAUGAUUGAUGUGCAGAACAGGGCGUAUUUCCAGCAGUACGGCUGCAAGUUUACUGCCGUCAUUCCCACCAAUGUCUUCGGACCUCAUGACAACUUCAACGUGGAGGACGGGCACGUCCUGCCAGGACUGAUACACAAGGCUUACCUGGCAAACAAGGAAGGUUCAUCACUGACAGUCUGGGGGUCGGGCGAGCCACGGAGGCAGUUCAUUUACUCUCUGGACUUGGCCCGCCUCUUCCUGUGGGUGUUGAGGGAAUACCAGGAGGUGGAGCCAAUCAUCCUCUCAGUGGGAGAGGAAGAUGAGGUGUCUAUCAGAGGCGCAGCUGAAAGCAUUGUGGAAGCCAUGGCAUUUAAAGGAGAGCUCGUCUAUGAUGCAACCAAAUCUGACGGACAGUUCAAGAAAACUGCCAGCAACAAAAAGCUGAGGGAGUACCUCCCCCAGUUCAAGUUCACUCCUUUCAAACAAGCCGUGAAGGAGACGUGUGAUUGGUUCAUCGCCAACUACGACACAGCCAGGAAAUGAAGAUCCAGCUCCCCUAUUGGAGGAGUGGUGAUAAUGUUGUUGCUUAGGUUUUUAUUAAUAUAACUGUAUGUUCUAUAUAACCCUAGUAAAAGCAUAGCAAAGUGUAAUAAAGCUUACUGAAAGCAUGAUAAGGCAUAGAUGAGCAUUAAAGCCCAGAGAGGUAUGGUAAAGCAAAUUAAAAAAAAAAACAGCAAACUAUAGUAAAUUAAUAGUGUAACUGUGGGAAAGCUAUAAAAUUACUCAGUACAUUUACUGUGGUAAAUUUUUAUGAGAAUAAGUGGAGCCUUGGCUUCACGUGGACCAUUAGCAUUCCACUUUCGCUCUGAAUUGAGCUGAAAGCCUGUUGGGGAAACUAUAAGGAAGAAAAUACAAAAAAAUUAAAAAUCAGAGCAACAGAAUUCAGAAACUCAACAGAAUUUAGAAUGCAAUAACUCACAAAAUAAUUUAGGAUUCAGAAACUCACAAAAGGAUCAUAAUUCUACAGAGAGGGAAAUAUAUAAAACCAGAUCAAAAAGUAAUGGGUUGUUCUGAUGGGGAGUGGUGGGGCGAGGGCAACAUCUUCUUUAUUGAAACAUCGGGCUGGAAACUGCUAAUUGUGUGCAGGAACUGGGCGGAGAUGAAAAAUCAAACGGGUGUCAGUCAUACCUGACUCUCAUAUUGUUGACUUUGAUUAGCUCGGCCCCACUCAGUCACGGGGUGUCUUCAGCUCAGCUGGUCCGAAACGACUCAUAAACUGAAAGCAGUGAAACCUGUUGUUUGACUAAGUAGAACGCCAGUCAGAUUUGUAUUAGAAAGGGCGAGCCCAUGAAAAAUAAACUGAUGUGGAAACUC